UUUGGCUAGUGUGGCAAGCCUGGUCGCCAAAACAAAAGCGAUAAUGAAAUUGAAAUUAGAUUAAAUUAGCCGCAUUCCGUGACACUAACUGCCCGUUUAUUGAGUGACUUGUGACUCGUUGACCUGCCAAACCGGAGGAGGAUGCCCCGGAACACGGAGGCGGGCGUGGGAAUAGGCGGUGCCCCGGAGCCCAGCUCUCCGGUUCAGAAGGUUUGGAAGCCGGAAUUGUACAGGCUCCAGUUGGAGGCACCUGCUCCGUGUCCCCUGCGCUGUCAACGUACCCUGCCCCUGCCGCCGGCAAAAAGUACGGCGGAGGCCGUGGAGGCCAACAAUCUGGCAGGAAGGCUAUACGGCUCCGAAUAUCAUGGCUUGAUGGGACACCUGGAGGCGGAGCAGCUGCUAGCCAAUGCCCGCGACGGCAGUUACUUUGUGCGCCGCAGCCCCCAGUCCGAUGGCUACUACACCCUGAGCCUGCGGUUCAACAAGCGCCCCAAACACUACAAACUGCUGCACAAACCCGGCGUGGGCCACUACCUGCGCGGCCAGGACAAACGCUUCGACACGGUCCACGACAUGGUGGCCGAUGGAUUGAUCAACUUCCACAUGCAGCUCCACGCCAGCCCCAUUAUCCAGCAGAUCAACCAGCAGACCAGGAACUGCUACCAGCAGAGUCCCUACAUGACAUUGAACGGGCGGAAGCUGAGGGCUCUGUCCAACGAACUGGGCAAGGUGUCGGCCAGCAAGGAAUCUCCGCCAGCCGAGGAGCAGGAGAAGGAGCAGCAGAAGCAGGAGAAGGAGCCGCCACCACCUGCCGUGGAUCCCAUGCCGUUGGUGUACGAAAAACCGCAUCAAUUCAAGGUGCACACCUUCAAGGGGCUCAACUGGUGCGAGUUCUGCGCCAACUUCCUGUGGGGAUUCACCGCGCAGGGCGUCAAGUGCGAGGCCUGCGGCUUCGUGGCGCACAGCAAGUGCUCCGAACUGGUGCCGCCCAAGUGCGUGCCGGACUUGAAACGCAUACGCGGCGUGUUCGGCACGGAUCUGACCACCAUGGUGCAGCUGGAGCCGCACCACCAGAUACCCUUCGUGGUGCGGCGCUGCGUGGAGGAGGUGGAGGCCAGGGGCAUGCUGCAGGAGGGCAUCUACCGGGUGUCCGGGUUCGCGGACGAGAUCGAAGCACUCAAGUUGGCCCUGGAUCGGGAUGGCGAGCGAACGGACAUGUCGGAAACAGCCUACGGCAAUGUGAAUGUGAUUGCUGGCACUCUAAAGCUCUAUCUCCGCCUGCUACCCGUGCCGCUGAUCACGUUCCAGGCGUAUCCCAGCUUCAUGGCAGCAGGACGCACUGGCCAGCAGGCGGAGCAGCGGCAGCUCAUGGCCGAGGCAGUGCGUCGCCUGCCGCCCGCCCACCACAGCUGCCUGCAGUACAUGCUGGAGCACCUGAAGCGCGUGGCCUCCCAUUACGCCGUGAACAAGAUGAACGAGCAUAAUUUGGCCACGGUGUUUGCGCCCACGCUGAUUGCCACGCCCCAGCACAUGACGAACCUCACCGAGGAGAUCUUCAUGCUUUCCUCGCUCAUCACCCACUGCCAGAUGAUUUUCUCGUAACAUCCUGAACAUCCUGAACAGCCUUAAAGCCAAAACCUUAAGCACUUAUCCGAGGGGCACAGCCACACAGAUAGGCUCUCUCUUUCCAAACGGAUACAUCCUUAACUUUACACUUUGCCAAGCAUACAUCAUUACUCGUAACUCGAUAAUUCCACCAAAAAUGUAGCCUAAGAUCAAAUCUCUGCAUCGGUCAAUUCGACUCGAUGGUUUUAUAUUUCUUUUUAGCAGCCCAAAAACAUAAGGAAACACGCAAAAACAAAAAAAAAAAACACAUUGAAUGUUGUAAGAGUCGAACGUACGAAUUUAACAAUUUUUCUAAAUGCUUUUAGGCCAAGUAUUUUAUGUCACAAUAAAGAUAUUUAUUUUA